AUAUUUUUUUAAGGUUUGAAUAACGAUCAAAUGCAAUUUUUUCUUAUCGUUAUCAAUAUUCAGUGAGGAACAAAGUAAUAUCCGGUAAUAUUAAAUUAUAUCUGUGACAGGAUGUCUAAGCCUAAAGUUUUAAUAUUAGGAGGUUGUGGUUUUAUUGGCCGCAACUUGAUCGUCUAUUUAGUCAAAAAUGAUCUCGUUAGUGCAAUAAGAAUUGUUGAUAAAGUACCACCACAAGUUGCCUGGUUAAACGAUGUACAUGGGGAUGCAUUCAAAAAUGAAAUUGUUGAAUUUAAGAGUGCUAAUUUAAUAAAUAUAGAAUCUUGUAAAAGUGCUUUCAGUUCUUCUGACGAUACUGUAUGGGAUCUCAUUGUAAACUGUGCAGGUGAAACGAAGUCUGGUCAAACAGAUCCUGUUUACAAUGAGGGUAUUUUGAAAUUGAGCUUAAAUUGUGCCAAAGAAGCUGCCCUACAAAAAGCCAAACACUAUAUAGAACUAUCUUCUGGUAAUAUGUAUUCAUCUGAGAAGACUGUACAUAAAGAAGAUGGACCGAUUGAACCCUGGACUUUCGUAGCUAAAUGGAAAAGACAGGUUGAGAAGAAACUGGCCGAAAUACCAGACUUAACUUACACCGUCCUCAGACUACCAAUAGUAUAUGGACUUGGCGAUAAAAACGGGCUUAUGCCGAGAAUAAUCGCUGCUUCUAUAUACAAACAUGUAGGGGAAACUAUGAAAUUAUUAUGGAACGCAGAUUUACGAAUCAGCACUGUUCACGUAAAUGAUGUUUGUCGGGCUAUUUGGUUUGUGGGAAAUAGAGAAGAUACAAAUGGACAGAUUUACAACGUUGUAGACGAGGCAGAUUCGACGCAAGGUUCGAUCUCCAAUGUACUAUCCGAUUUAUUUAACUUAAAAGUAGAUUAUUACGGUAAUCUGGUAUCAGCAGUAGUGGAUUUGGUAGGCGCCGCAGACGAUGCCAACGACAAACAUCUAGCUCCUUGGGCAGAAGCUUGUAGACAAGACGAUAUACAAAAUACGCCUCUAUCACCUCAUAUGGAUUCAGAAUUAUUGCUCCAUAAACAUUUAAGACUCGACGGUAACAAAUUGAAGCAAUUGGGCUUCAGUGUUUCACAACAGCAACCCACCGCUGAAAAUAUUAAAGAGAUUAUUGAUGAUUUUGUAAAAAUGAAAGUUUUUCCUAGAUCUUUGGCUCCUUAAAUUCUUUUUUUUUUUUAAUUAUAAUCGAUAAGAUUGUAUCUAAGUAAUAAAUAUUUUUGUAUGUAUCAUGAAACGUGGCCUUAAUAAUGUUAUUCUGGCUGGGUUUCACCAAUUCCUGGUUUCCUGGACAAUCAACUGAUUUUUUUUUGUUUGAAUAUAGUUUGCUUCUUUUACUUCUCAUAAAAUCCUGUUGAUAAUAUUUAGCACCAGCUUUUUAAUUCUCGAUAUAUUGUCUAGAGUUUCUUUGGACUUAUAACUUGCCUCUAACUCCUAGUCAAGUUUUUAUGAGCUCAUUUGAUACUUUCGCUCUAUACUUUCCUUUUAGUAAGUGCAAAAUAUAAUUGUAGGUGUUGUUUACAGUGGUUUCUAUAUUCCGAAAUAACUAAACGUUCUUCCACUAUUAUAUCCAAAUUUAUUCAUAAAUGUUUUUAUUUCUUCUUGGUCACUUGUUAUUAAGACAAUCCAAUUAAUGCAAAAGUCUUUUUCGCAGUCAGAACGACACAAAGGAUCCUUCUGCAUGAAUAUAUUGAAUUAAUAUUGUUAUUUCUGGAAUUUUUUGGAUCUUCCCCUGCUUUAUCCUUCCCUAUCUUCGUUAAAGUUUUCCUGCCUGUCGUCACUUGUGAUUUUUGUCUCUACUUCCAGUCCCAUCUCUAUUAUCAAAAAUUUUUCAUUCAAUAGUCACAAUUUUUAUAUUUUUCAAAAGAAUUUUUCCACUUUUAUAUCCAAAUUUAUUCAUAAAGAUUCUUAGCUGUUCUUGUUCGCUUUUUAAUAUAACAAUAAAAUUGAUACAAAAGUCCUUUUCGCAGUCAGAACGACACAAAGGAUCCUUCUGCAUGAAUAUAUUGAAUUAAUAUUGUUAUUUCUGGAAUUUUUUGGAUCUUCCCCUGCUUUAUCCUUCCCUAUCUUCGUUAAAGUUUUCCUGCCUGUCGUCACUCGUGAUUUUUGUCUCUUCUUCCAGUCCCAUCUCUAUUAUCAAAAAUUUUUCAUUCAAUAGUCACAAUUUUUAUAUUUUUCAAAAGAAUUUUUCCACUUUUAUAUCCAAAUUUACUCAUAAAGAUUCUUAGCUCUUCUUGUUCGCUUUUUAAUAUAACAAUCCAAUUGAUACAAAAGUCCUUUUCGCAGUCAGAACGACACAAAGUAAUCUUAUUUAAUAGUAUAUCUCUAAUAUCGUUAAUCAUUAUCCUUUCAGGAGUUUUUUGAGUUUUUCAUUGAUUUUAUUGCUAUUUAGUACAGUAACAUAGACAAACCAGUGCACUACUUGAUACUGUCCUAUUUAUUUUACAAUUUUCCUUCAAAAUGAUCAUUAUUUUUGACUUUUCUAAAUAUUUUCCACUUUUAUAUACAAGUUAUAUUUGUUCUUCUUGUUCCCUUGCAAUUAAGACAAUUCAUAGUACUUUUUACAGUCUGAAGGACUCACAGUACUCUUCUCAGGCAGUAUAUUUCGAAUAUAAUUAACAUUAUCCUUCCAGGAUUUUUUUGUAGCUUUUAUUUGAUAUUCUUGUUUUUUAAUAAUUUUUUAUUGUAAACCUAAUGGGGUAGACUUAUAAUCUGACCCCCUUCUCAAAGCACGCUCCUAGCUACUAAUAGGACAAUUCAAUAUAAUCUUUUAUCCUUUUUGCAGUCAAACUAUUCUUCUUUAUCGAUACACAUUCUAAUAUGAGUUAAAUCAUUAUUUUUCCAUGACUUUUCCUUAUUUUUGUUUUAUUUUUUGAUUAUAGCCUCGUUUUAUUUGUUGUUAAUAGAUCCAGGAAGACAAACUAGUACAGUACUUGGACCUACUCCGUCCCAAUAUUGCUACUAGAACAAUUCAAUAAAUUUUAUCUAAAAAUAAAAUUUUGUAUAUGGUAUAAACUUUACCAUUUUGUGCUUUUCUUAAACGUAAACUGUUGAAGAUUUUAUUAUAAACUGUGAUAAAAUGCCUUUUCGGUUUUUCCGCUCAGUAAAAUUGUAAAAUUAUUUUUAAAAGUAGAUAGAAGUUUAACUGUGCUAUUUUUUUUAAAGUUCUUGUUAUGAAAAUUGCACUGUUUUCAAAUUCAGUACUUAAUUUUUUAAUAUUUUUUAUGAAUCGUGAUAAUUCUAUCUAUUUGUGGAAAUGAAAAAUUUAUUAAAUGUUUACACAUUGUGUAGUUACUUUAUAUGUGAUUCUAAUGUUCUAUUUACACUUUUUAUAUUCAACUAUUUUCUCUAAUAUCCACUGUUAAGAUUGAGUCUUAUCUUAUCGUUAAAUUUAACUGUAACUUUUUUCGAAACGAUGUAUGUUCUUUUCUACGAUAUUCUCAUCUCCAUAUAUAUCCAAUAUAUGUAUGUAUGUGUUUUAUUCUUAUGAUAAAACUCUUCAUCUUAUUAACCUGUUACUGCUUUCUAUUAAAGGAAAAACGAAAUUGUAACAUUUUAGAAGGAGGUAAUCUCAAAGGAACAUACAUCAAUACCACCUUCAGAAUCAGUAUGCUACUGUUUAAUAGUUUAUUGUACUAUUUAGAAAAGUGGAAAAAAACACUUAUUUAGAUGUUUUUUGGUAUCUCAUAAGCAAUAUUGUUAAGACAUCUACUAAAUUGUACCGGUCACUAAUUUUUCACUGAAUGUUCUAUCUACAAUUUACUUCCUACAUCCCAUCAUAUCAUUUUCCACGUCCAACGAUUUUUUUGUUCAAUAUUUUCUUCACUAGCCUCAUUAAAGAUUGUGUUUGCUAAGUAGUACUUAUCAAAAUUUUCCAUUUUUAAAUAAAGAUUCUAUCCAUUGCACCUUAAAUAAUUUCAUUUUUGUCGCCGAUUUCUACAUUAUCCUUCUUUUUAAAAUCUACUUCCAUCCUUUGCUAGUCCAACUAUAUUUUUUGCUCAAUGUCUUCUUUAUUAUUUCAUUUUAUUAUAUUUUCACUUUUUCUUAUUAACUUUCCAUCUGUUGUUUGCCCUGUUGCUUCUGUCACUUUUGAAAUCCAUUUUUUCUCUUUGUUUUCCUCUUUCAAAAGUUCUAUACCUUCACUAUCCUUCUUCGAAGAUUCUUUACUUCUUUAUUCAUUUAUCCAAUUAUACCAUUUUGGUUAAUGGUUUCUCCACUAUCCUCUGAAUGCUGUUUCCAAUUUACCUCUACCAACCAAUCAAAUUCUGGACGUUGUUUUCUUCGAUGUUCUUGUCCAGAGGUUCUUCUCUUUUUUUCUAUGGUUUACUUUCAUAUUUUCCACGUCUAAUAAUAUUUUCUGUCCAAUUUUUUCUCUUUCAAAACUUCUUUACUGUUUAUCUCGAGUCCCUUUUAUCCUUUGUGCAUUUAACCAUUUGUUUGCUCGAAAAUCCCUCCACCAUCUCUCUUCAAACAUUCUUUUUCCUAUUAACUUUAACAUUUUCUGUCCCAACCGUUCCAUUUUUGCUUAACGAUUUCUCCAUCAUCCUGUAAAUGUUAUCACCAAUCUACUUCUAUCCUUUGAACCUCCACUUAUUUCAUAUUUAGUCGUAAAUUUCUACAUUAUCCUUCAAUCGCUCGUUCGCCGAUUCCUUCACUAUCUCUCUUUAUGGAUUCUUUUUCCUAUUUACUUCUCCAUUUACUUACCAAACUUUCCCAAUUUUGGUAAAUUAUUUGUCAAUCUUCCAAAUGUUGUCUCCAACCUACCGCUAUCCUCUCCAAUCUGCUUCUAUUUUUGAUGCAUGGAAACAUUUCCUUUUUGGACUAUUUUCAUCCAAAGCUUCUAUAUCCAAGUUACUUAACCAUUGGUAUCUAAAAAUUACAUUUUUGCUGGUUUACUUCUUCACUUUCCUCUUCUAAAUCUUUCAUCUCUCACUUUACUUUUACCCUUUAAACAUUCAAUCAUUUCAUUAUUGGUCGAUCUUCUCUUCGCUACACUGCUCCUCUUUUCGUCAUGGAUUUUUUUUGUGAUACGAUGAUCCUUGGAUUGCCCUUUGCUUGUAUAUACAAAAAUGUCCUCCGAUUCCUUAUCAAAGAUUAUUACUGAUGAUGGUUCAGUUAAAGUUGUGUCGUUCUAGGAUUUUCCAAUAAUAUCUAGAAUAAUCGAGAUGGUGUUGGUUCGAAGGACAUUAUGUACUUAAAUUCUAUAUAGAUUAUUAUAGAUUGCUACAAAUAAAAUGCUAAAGCGCUUUUUUGCUUCAAUUGCUAUUUUUGAAAUAUAUUUAAGUCGACGUUUCCAUAGUUUAUAAGUUUCGAAUAUUUUUGAAAUUUUGCUCAAUGUUUAAUCAAACCCCACAAUUUUUUUAACGAAGUUAGUAUUAUUACGUUAAAUAUCAAGUAUUCUAAAUUACUAUUAUACAAAAAAUUGUUCUAAAAAUCAUACUGAAAUUUUCAAAAAUUAUUUUUUUUGUAAUAAUUUAAGUGAUUAAGUGAUAACCAACAUUCCAGUUUACUAUAAUUUGUUAAAGUGUCAAUUUCAGGAUAAAAUUGCUCAAUUUUCACCCUUUGCGGUUAUCAGUACUGAGCUUUAUUUUCGUACUGUUAUAAACUAAAUAUUAUAUUGUUAUUGUAUUAUAUCCGUAUUAAAUUAAAA